AUUUUGAUUUAAACUUUUAAAUAAAAAUAAGAUGUUAUUGAAAUAAUGGAAGAUUCUUCAUGUUCUGAAAUAUCAGAUUUGCCAUUUAAUGAAGAAAGUAUAAAAAUUGAUGAAAAUAAAGAAACAGAAGCAGAAACACAAACAGAGACAGAAAUUAGUAAUUUAGAAGAACAUGAAAAUUUAAUUAGAUCUGUUAAGGAAAAACAAAAAGAAUUAUCCGAUGUUUUAAAUGAAAUAGAUAAAAUAAAGGAUGAAUAUAAAAAACUAUACAAUGAAAAGGAAAUGAUGAAAGAAUAUAUUGGAAAUUCAAUGGAAAUUAAUAAUAAAACAACUAAAAAAUAGAUAUAUUGUAGUAUAAAUAUCUAAAUAUAUAUUUAUUAUAGUUUCGAUA